UGCAUUGGUUCAGUCAACAGGGGGAGUCAUCGGAGACCUUCCGCUUGGUCGGCAAGCAAAGAAGCAUUGAGAGGGGCAAGUGGUGAGGUAUCACUCGGGCCUAGUGUCGAUUGCGAACGUAGAUAGUUGAUAGCUGCCUUGCUACUCUGAGAGCAUCACCCAAUCUUUCACUCAGGCGCAAGCAUCCGUCAACAUCACCACGCCUCAAAGGCUCCAUCCCGUUCUCUCGUCAGCACCUGCAGGAGGUGGCGAAGCACUUCAAGCAUGGCGGUAAAAUCAUUCUUAAUUGGCCUUUUCAUGGCCGCUUGUAUCGAUGUCUCGUUCUCGGUGCUCUCCAUGAUACCCGUCUCGAACCUGAAGAUCCCCUGGAAUAUUGUACCGAGAGGGGGUAGGACUGAGAACCUGUAUGGCCUCAACAGAGGUGCCGCAGAGAAAUCUGCCUUUGACGUUGACAACUUGGUCGCAUACACGGCAGGUCACCAACUUAUUCAUAUUAUCAACUUCACUGACGUCGUAAGACCGAAGAUCGAGCGGUCGUUCCGCGUCAUUGAUCCAGUGAUUGACAUUGCAGAAUGUGGCAACCUUGUAGCAUUCACGAGUCGACCGAGAAGAAGUCGAGGUCUGAACCCGCUCGACCCAGGAACAGUUCAUAUCUUCCGAAAGUACCCAGUCUUCGACAGUAUUUGUAACUUAACUGUCGGGAGCAACCCGAAGAGUCUGAAAUUCGACUACAAGUGCGACACCAUCGUGAUCGCGAACGAAGGCCCGGCGGCUGAGAAUGUAGAGCAGGAGGUCUUCAUGAACCCAGAGGGUACCAUUAGCGUUGUUCGUAUCAACAACACGAUGGUAAACCCAGGAAUGUCUAUGUGUCCACCCAUGCCAUAUGGAUCUGAUGUCAGGCACUUGGAUUUCAGACUCUUCAAUGACCCUACGCUCAAACCUAUGAUGGAUGCACAAUUCAUUCGACACCCUUACAAAGGCCAGUUAGACGGAGAACAACACACUUUCUCUAUGGGCGUAGAACCGGAAUAUGUUUCGCUGGAUCCAUGGCAACCGGUCGCGUGGGUAUCCCUCCAGGAAAACAAUGCUGUUGCUGAAGUGUUUUAUGAUAACAUGACGAUGGUCAUUCAUCCUAUGGGACUUAAGAAUUGGACCGAUUAUUAUAUUGAUGCCAGCACAAAAGAUGGAGGAAGAAGACAAGGUGGUCGAGCGAUUCAUUAUGGACGCUACCCAAUAGAAAGCUUGCUCCAACCAGACGCUAUUGAAACGAUGACGAUUGGUGGUGACCUGUUCCUGAUUACCGCCAAUGAGGGCGCCCCACUGAGCUACGUGUGCGAAUCUUGCGAGGUGGAAAAUGAAUAUAUUGAAUAUGAAGAAGCAGCUGAACUCGCUGGAGAUUAUCUCCUCUCAUCGAAUGUCCCUUCAGCCGUGAGGAGAGCAAUGACUCAACCAAACCAGCUUGGUGAGUUACGUAUCAGCACGGUUGACGGUCUACAACCAGGUAACCCGGAGGUGAUAGACAGACCAGUGUUCUUCGGUGGGCGUGGCAUAUCAAUGUUCCAUGUCAACCUCAUGGGGAGUUUGGACUUGGUGUGGGACAGUGGAGAUGUGAUCUCUAAAGGGAUCCAGGACUUGCAUCCCAAUGCGUUCAACCAUCCACCCUUCGGGAACCCUGAGCUCAACGAAAGAGUAGUCGUCCCUGACAGCCCCAUCAACAGACAAUGGGACAAUUGGUCCCCGUUCAUGGGAGCGGAAUGCCAGUCACUCGCCGUCGGUCAAUUUAACGUGACCCAUAAGGUCAUCAUCGUGGGUAUCAAAGGUGCUAACGCCCUCGCUAUAUUCACCGUUGACAUGUUCAACAACCUAACCGUACCGGUGUUUGAGUCGGUCUUCCGGGACGGGGAUAUCAAGGGAAACGCCAGACCUCCCAAGACAUACAACCAGCUCUACCGUCAAGACGUCCGAUUCGGGCUAGGAAGCAACGGUAUAGGAAACUUGGACCCGGAUUCUAUCGUGUUUAUCCCUCCUGAAAAGACACCUGGUCGUGUUCCUAUGGUGUUGGUAACUAGUCGAGUGAGUGGGACUGUCAAUCUCUACAGAUUAACCGACUUUCCAAGACAUCAGCUACUCAGGCAACAGAGAACGGCCCUUCAUGGUGAUGCUAGAUGCAUAGCGCCCUCUUUGGCACUUUCCUUGUUGGUUUCCAUCUUGACACUCUUCUACGUCACACAACGUCACUAAACGUCAACCACGUCUUCUCAAAGACUGGUCAGAUUGUACUGAUCUCGUGACUCUGCUCAUAUCAACCUGCAAUCAACUCCUCCAAUAGCGUAUUUUCGCAUCCACUUUGCGGACCCUUUCUGGAACGUUGGGAAUCUAUUAAAAGUGCCCGUCAAAUCACAAUGGAUAGAUUAGGGGUCAUUGUGGAAAGUUGGUGGACCGGAGUAGCACAUUGUCUUCAAAUUCGGACCCGACGAAAAAUUGCAAAAAUGUCGAUUGUCCGGAGUCCGGGAAGACACUGCUGUUUUUGAUUCACGGAUUUUCGACAAAGACUGCUUUGUUAUGAAUGGCUUUUGGUGAUUCUCUGCGUUAUAAAAAGUGCCUGCGUGUGAUUGCAAAAAUACCAUAUCAAAUCUCGAUUCUAAACCCUGGUUCAAAGCUCUUAUAGAACUACACAAGAGAGUGGUUUUUUAAAUUAGCUGCACCUCUUUUAGUAUCGAACUUCUUUUACACAAUAGCUAUAUAUAGCUUUUCAAUUUACCACUCACUAGUAGAUCCAAUGAUAUAAAAAAUAAGAGAACAAUAAUAUCAAUCCGCUUUUAUAUAGCGAACGACGUCCUUCUAAGCGGUUUACAUAUAUUAUUAUCCCGGUAAUCGGAUCCUGGCAUACCCGCAUACAACGUAUGCACCAAUUAAGAAUAUAAAAAGAAUGUGGAUUUUAGGCAUUCUAAAUAUUUUUUUCACUAAAUUUUAUGAACAAAAUUUGUUCAUUGUCAUUGAAAAUAAUUCCGGAAAUUAUUGAAUCGUGAUCUUGAGUUGUUUUUAUAUCAAGCAUUUACAGCAAUAUCUAUGUGUAUAUAAGCCUUUCGGUAGAAUUUAGUGUAUAUAAUAUUGUUUGAAAAAAAACUAUAAUAAUUGUUGCUGAUUUUAUGUUUCACUAAUUGAGUAAUGGUAAUGUUUAAUCAAAUGAAUCAUUUAGCUGUUGCAGUCGUGUUUCAUUAAUGUGUUAAGUAUAUUCAAUUUGAUUUUAAUGGUCAUUUCAUCGUACUUUGCGAUAGAGUUGUUCAUGUUUUCCAAUAUCUCUAUGGCUGUGUUUCUAAUCAGUCUUGUUAUUUUUUUAUUCAAUGGCAACUCUUCUCCUUUUCCCUCUUCUGAUUUGACUCUCCUUUUUCUCUUUCUAUUAUUAAUAUGAAUUGUUUCAUCUCUCUCCCUCGUACAGUACAUUAAAAUCUUGCAUGAAAACUAAUUUUCUAUAACCAUGAUAA